CCCUUAUGUUGAAUUUCGCCAAUAAUGAUUUUCAUGAAAAAACGAGUAUUUUCAUGCACCAUAAUGACAGCCAAUGAAGAAAACAUUUCAAGUAAAACAAGCAAGAGAAUGAAAGAUACAGAUUGUGAGCUAAUCCCAACUGACCACAACGAUGAUAUUAAUAUUGCUGAAGGUGACGAUAAUAGUUUAUCAAGCAUUACAUCUGUAACUGUUACUGCAUCAAGUCAAAUGUCCAAUACACAUGAUUCUCCCGGUGAAGUGAACCCAAAUUUGGGUGUACACGAUUUAAUAGAAAACUUGAAACGUUUCCUCCAGAAACUUCAAAGAAGAGACGACAUGUUGCAUGAUAUAUCUGUAGCAUUUCAAUUAUGCGAUUUACUUGAUGCAAAGUAUAGGCAGGAAGUCGCGCUGUCAGAAGAAUCACAUCGAGUAAGCACAGAUGAACUUUUUAACCAGUUGGACAUUGCAAAAACGAAGCACAAGGAACAACUUUUACUUAUUGAAGCCUUGGAGAAGAAAUGUGAGCAGUUGAAUUCGGCACAACACGAUAAUGGGUUACUGAAUGAGUACAUCCAAAAUGCCGAUAGUUACCAUUCGCAACAAGUGGGAGAAUUAAAAGCAAAGUUAAGUCUGACGAGAAUUAAAAGCGAACUAGAAACAAAAAACAACGUGACAGCUGAUAUUCAAAUGGAAAUGGAGGAUGUGAAAACGAAAAAACGCCGGAAAUCUUCCUUACGAUUUUGGAGAAAAUCUUCGAAAAGUUUAAUCAGUUUAGAACACAAUAAAUCGCUUGACAUUAUUGUAAAAGAUAUCAACAAUAAUGUGAUUGAUAAAACAAUGGAGAAAGAAAUAGAAGAAAAAUGCAUUAAAAUUGAAGAAUUGGUCACCAAAUGCAACGAUCAAGAACGGCGAGGCGAUUUACUGGAAACAACCAUUCAAAAUAAAGCUAUUGAAAUUUUUGAAUAUAAAAAACGAAUUGAAAAACUUCAGGCUCAAGUUAAAUCGCUUUCAAGCACUAACAGUCAAUGUUGUAUGUUACUAGAUGAAAUUGACAAUGUGGUUCAAGCAACAUGCAAAGAAAUGUCGUACUUAGAACAAGAGUGCCUCAAAAAUAGACAAGAAACACAAAAAUAUCAUGAAAAACUGGAGCGGCUUGAUUGGAACAUCAAAAGUUUAAGCGAAGAAAACAAAAUUUUGCUGUCUAAAUGCAGUCAGAAAAAUUAUUUAUUGAAACAUGAACAAGUGAAAUAUGAAACAUUAGUUCAGGAUUUAAAAUCACAUAUUAAGAAAUUGUACACGAAAGUUGAUAAAGAAAGUACUGAUGUGGAUAAAUUGUUUAGGGAUGAAGGAAUUCGUGGUGUUUUUAAACUGAUGGAAAACUUUUCGACGUUAAUCCGUCGUAAAGCGAGAAACAAAGAUCAAAGCAGUCAAGUAAACAAAGAAGACAUGCCUUGUGAAUUUCAUCACCAACAGAUUGAUAAUAGCAACAUAAAUGAAAAUUUUGUUGAAAAACAACAUUCUGAAAACAUCCUAAAAGAAUUGGUCAGUUACGUAAAAUAUGCAAAAAACAGAGAAAUCGACCACUAUAAAAAGGAUAUGGCCAAGUUAUUAAAAGAAAACUUCCUUUUUAAAGAAUCACUGGAACGCUGCUAUAAAAACAUCAAAACUCUACAGAACGAAGUUGAGUAUUGCAAAUCAAUUCACAUUAGUAGCAUUAGUAGCUGUAUGGUUCCAUCUACGAAACAAAAUCAAUUUGAGGGGAAAAAUAAAUCACCAGAAUUUCCUAAGAAAAAUUGCAGAGUAGUUUAUAACAGAAAGGAUAGAAGAACAUCUUCAAGGGACAAUGCAGACAGAUCUAGCGUUUGCAAGACCAGUCAAGCGCAACUAAAACAUAUCGAUGAUCAAAUACCAUUUUCUGUUCCAAUUAGAACAGAAUGGGACCAUGCAAAUGACGAUAUGACAAGGAAAUCUCCUGAUGCUCUGUUUCUAAAUUCUUAUCACGCUGGAAGUUCGUUAAUAAAUAAAAUCUUUACUGAGAAAGAUAAACUCGAAGAAGAGUUAAACCAAUCAAGAGAUGUUGUGACUAGACGAAAACUAACGCUGAAAUAAUACUGUGCACGAACUCUAACCAUACGUUUAUAAUAUAACAGUCCAAACAAAGGCGUUAUAUUUUGUUAUAUAGCUAUAUGUGUUAUUGUCAACUUUUAAAACCCCUUUACCCUACACUAACUAUACAAUUUAUACAUUUCCUAUGAGUUUUAACAUUCAACUGGAUCUUAAUAUAUCUGUGUAGACACCACUGUAGAUAAAGUAAUAAACAUUUUUGUGCAAGGUACCUUCAAAUCUUUAUUUUUUCGUGUACU